AUGGCCUGCUGGCAUGACCGUCCUGCGACCGCGCCUCGAUUUCCGUGCCUCAUCCUCUGCCUGUUGCCCAUCCUCCUUCGUGUCACCUCUGCGUUGCAAUCCGUCCCGGGCUCGCCCUGUGAGCCUGUAUGUUCCGCUGCAGGGAGUCUCGAAGACGAUGUUGUCUGCCUCGAUGCGAACUACCGAUCCCUCGAACAAGGUCGGAAUUUCCAGGAAUGUGUGGCUUGCCAAUUGAAUAGCACGGCGGUAGAUACGGGGAACAAUGAGACAGACGUGGAAUGGGCACUAUUGGCACUCCGCUACACGUUGGCGGGAUGCAUGUUUGCCAUUCCCGAGCAGCACAUCUCCAUCAGCAGUCCUUGUCAAGUCAGCUGUGCCCCCUUGAACGCUUCCAUCGGUUAUCAGAUCAAAAACGACAGCUCAACUAGGCCUGACAACAACUUCUGCAACGUCGGCCAGUUCGACGACACUGAUAUCAACAAGUGCGCCUUGUGCUACAGCUUCAUUCCUCAGCAAUUGUUUCUCGCCAACUUUCUGCAAGCAUUGCACAUCGUCUGCCGCCAGCCACCGAUCCCCGGCAGACCUUUCUAUCCCGAUGCAGCCUCCAUAUUCAAUGAAACCCUGAUAGCUGGUCCCAGCACAUCGUCCAAUGGCUCCGGAUCUGGGUCCGGUCUGCAUGGGUGGCAGUUGGGAGUUGCCAUUGCCCUACCGAUUGUGGGUGGCAUACUACUGAUUGGAGGCAGCUGCUGGGGAUGUUUUGUGUUUACGCGCAAGCGACGGCAGAGGAUGGCCCAAACCGGCCGUAUGAGCAAAAUCCACGACGCCCAUGCAGGGGGUAUGUACAGUCCGAUGUCUGCCAAAGCCGAAGCCUGGGGUCAAACCGAACCCCCACGAGAAAUGCAUGCCAUUAGCCCAACACUGUUGCACACCAAACAACCAAGCCCGGGACUGGCUCAAGGGAGAUGGAGCCACCAGACGGACGGUUCGGAGCAAGGGACGCCGUUACGGACGAGUUUCCAGCACGGCGACGUGGGACCUGGAACGGGCCAAGUUCGUGACCCGGACCUCCACGAACAAUUCUUCGCUGUUGGUGACGACACAGAUCAGCUCCCUGGACCGAGUGCUCAGAAUGUAUACUAUGACGUCCAUCCUCAUGAACAGCUCCAGGUCCCUGAUGAGCGAAAUGGAAGAUUUAUUUGA